AUGUUUAGUUUAGAGAGAAAUGCAACAGCUUUCGAGGGUUCUGACUUGGAGAAAUAUGUUGGUCUUCUCAGUGGCCGCGUAAACUUCAGCUUGAUUCUAAGGAUUUUCAAUGGUGACAGUGGAAGUUCUGGGGAUAGAGCGACGUAUGUUAGUACGUGGCCUGUGGUAUCUACCACGGGCUCAGGAUCUUCUUCCUUGUCUUCAACAUCUUGCAACUAUAGCGAGAUUGAAGAAGACGAUGACAUGAUUAUCAAUCUCAAACUAUUAAUAAAUGUGUAUUGA